AUGAAUAUAGCAGUGGCGGACCAAGUGGGGUUCGCGCUCUCACAUGCUGCAGCGCUGGAGCAGUCGCAGGUAGGCAGGAAUCCCCUACUCGCACCCUCUCACAUGCUGCAGCGCUGGAGCAGUCGCAGGCGCAGGGAGGAGAUGGCGGAGCAGAAUGCAGCCAUGCAGAUGGUGCGGCGGCGCAGGGAGGAGAUGGCGGAGCAGAAUGCGGCGAUGCAGGUGGCACGGGUGCGAGCAGAGGAGGCGAUUCAAGCCAGGAACGACUUCCUGCGCAGGGAGGAGAUGGCGGAGCAGAAUGCGGCGCUGCAGGUGGCGCGGAUUAGAGCAGAGGAGGCGAUUCAAGCAAGAAACGACUUCCUGUCCGUCAUGAAUCACGAGAUGAGGAGCCCGCUGCACACCAUCCUCGCGCUCUCCUCCCUCAUGGAGGGACCUCACAUUCGUCUUCCUGUCACUGGUGAGCCAAUCUCUGGAAAUGAAGCACGGGAUGGGGAGUUAUAUGCACACCCUUCUUCAUCUCCUUAA